CAUCGUGCGCGCUGGUGGUGCGGUCGUCGUCGGCAAAUUUCAUUUCGUGCCAGUCGCGUUUCUGCUUUCGUGCUCUUAAAAGUUCCUUUCUUGUAAAAGUGUUGGUCCGGGAAGUGGUCAGCCUGUGAGGGAAAUUUAUUCACCAAAACCUGCCGUAGAACAAUCUUCAGAAAACAUCGACAAAGAUGGCCCCGAACGCAGCAGUUCCCGUUCCCAAACCGGACCAAGAAGACCCAACCGGUAUCAAUGCUAUUCUGCUCGGACCACCCGGAUCGGGCAAGGGUACCCAGGCACCGCUUCUGAAGGAGAAAUUUUGCGUAUGCCACCUAUCGACCGGAGACAUGCUGCGGGCGGAAAUCGCAGCCGGUUCUAAGUUGGGUGCCCAGCUCAAGAAGGUCAUGGACGAGGGCAAGCUGGUGUCGGAUGAUCUGGUUGUGGACAUGAUCGACUCCAACCUGGACAAACCGGAAUGCCGCAACGGGUUCCUGCUGGAUGGGUUCCCCCGGACCGUUGUGCAAGCCGAAAAGCUGGACCAUCUGUUGGAAAAGCGGAAAACCGGUCUGGAUGCCGUGAUCGAGUUCGGCAUCGAUGAUAGUCUGCUCGUGCGCCGUAUCACCGGUCGCCUGAUUCAUCAGGCCAGUGGACGCUCCUAUCAUGAAGAGUUUGCCCCACCAAAGGUUCCAAUGACCGAUGACGUUACCGGAGAACCUCUGAUGCGACGUAGCGACGAUAAUGCCACUGCCCUGGUCAAACGACUUGACGCGUACCACAAACAAACGAAACCACUGGCCGAUUACUACGCUCUGCGUGGACUGCACUUCCGAGUUGACGCUGCCCAGAGCGCUUCCAGAGUGUUCGAAAACAUCGACAGUAUCUUCACCAAGCAACGGAAAUCACGACUCGGACUGUAAACUCAUCUAUGAACAAAUUUCAUUGGAGGAGCAAACAAGUAUCAUGUCAUCGGGAAAAAAGGACACGCCGAUCUCUAGUGUUACAAAAACGGACCGGCCUAUAUAUCGCCAACAACCAGUACACUACCUUCACAUUCUGACAUAUUUACAUACAACACUAAACAAACCCCUCGCUCGGGACAUAAGCAAAAAGUUUAAUUUGACCGCAGGAGAGCAUUUGAAGACCUUUCCGCAAUAAGGCAUUUAAAGUGUGAGCUGCUCACCCGUAAGGUGUCCAGCAAGUUGAACCCUUAAGAUCAUUGUUUUAGGUAACUAUAAAGUCCUUAUCUAUCAAACGAUCAGUCGUCUCAAGAAGUAUUUUUUAAACAAAUAAACAAACGAUCAACUCUGUUAAAUCUAUAGUUUGAUCUACUGAUUCAAAAAAGGAGGUGCGAAAAGGUACCAACAACAGAAAAAUAGUGUAUAUUUUAUGUACGAAGAAAAGUGACCGCACCAGGAAAGUUCCUUUUCUGUUGAGAGCGUCAACUGUGGUUUUGCAAUAAUAACUAAUGGAUGUUUGUUGAUUGACGGUGAUGAUAAUGAAAACUACGGAAAUACAAAUAGGAAAUGUGGUUAAUGACAA